AUGACGCGGAAGAAAAAAGCGACGGACGCUACCAAGAAAACCUCAGAGCUGGACUUUCACUUCGAAAACAUAAAGUUUAUUCUGUUGUACUCCAACGCGACCCCGAUACGCUCUCGCAUUGGAUCCAAGUACGCGUGUGGUUACUGCACCAAUCAGUACUCGACACCAGCGGAAUUGAAAGAUCACACGUUGUACACGCACGUUACAGAUAAACCUGAAUGUCUACGCAUCUCGUCACUGUCGAAAUACGUCGUGUACUUGGACGUCACGGACUUAGAGUGCCUGAUGUGCGAUGCUAGGUUAAAGAAAUUGGAGGACUUGAUGCACCAUUUGAAGAACUAUCACGAUGAACCGUUCCACAUGGAUAUCAAGAACCAUAUAAUACCUUUUGAUUUUGCUACGAGUAAGAUGCAGUGUGUCGAUUGCUGUAAACAGUUCGAUGUGUUCGAGGACCUCCAGGAGCAUAUGAACUGCCACUACAAGAACUACUCGUGUGAACUUUGCGAUGACACGUGGUUCGUGAACAGGAGUCUUAUGAUGGACCAUAAGAAGACAGUUCACUUCCUCUGA